CGUGACUAGUCAUUACCGACCGCACCACUUCAGAACAUGGUGACAACAAACACGCAUUCGUCAGAUUGUAGACUGUAGAACUUUAAAGUUGCAUCGAGUGCUGCGUGUAUCGAACUCUGUAGUUAAAGAAAGUGAGCCGUCCGAGACUGUGCUAAUAGAGGGUGUUUAAAAAGUUUCAGAUAUAUAUUACUGAUUAGUUUAUAAGUAUAGACGAUACAUCGAUACCUAAUGUUUAAGCCAUCAAGAUAUACCAUGUAAACUUAUAAGUGUUUUAGUUAUCGUAAUUUAUUUAUUAUAGGUACGGUAUGAUUAUAUAUAAAUGUUAAAUGAGAUAGAUGUACUAAAUGCAUUAAUUUAUCAGCCUGUAUAUUUUUGUUUGUAAAAAUAGUAUUUACCAGAGACUAGCAAUAAAUUGUGGCAAAGGCCAAAGAGAAUGGUACAAUAAUGUUGGAAAGCAAUAAUGUUAUGUAUUUAAAAAAAAUAAAGUGAGCUCGGCAGACGUAAGUCUGAGCGCUUAUCAACCGCAGGCGCGUCCAUGUCGGUCCACCUCACUUGACUCAUAACCAGUUAGGGAAAAAUCGUGUAAACAAUAAUCAUCGUAAUGCCAGAAGCGAACGUUUUGUGUAAAUUGUAAUCCACUCAUAGUGCGAUGUUUGUGGACAUGUGACGCGCGAUUGAUGAGCGUUUAUUGAGUUAUAAUGGCUGCAGUAAUGAGCUUUGCAAACGGUUCGAUAGUGAAUUCCACCAACUGUAGCAGUGUACUUGGUCUUGACGAGUAUGGCUCUGAUGAAGAGCUAGCGGCUGUGGAACUGUUCAAGAACUAUCCUGAGGGCUUGCUGAAGUUUGCUACGGUGUGCUGCGCGUUGUUCAUGUUGAUCGGAAUACCUGGGAAUAUAAUCACCAUCAUUGCAUUGGCUCGUUGUAAAAAGGUGCGCAACGCGACCGCUCUGUUCAUUAUAAAUUUGUCUAUUUCCGAUCUACUGUUCUGCUGUUUCAAUCUACCACUGGCUGGAUCUACUUUCUGGAUAGAAUAUUGGAUACAUGGAAGAACAUUAUGCCGCCUGUUUCCGAUGGUGAGAUAUGCGCUCGUUGCCGUAUCACUGUUCACCAUUUUGGCCAUCACAAUUAAUAGAUAUAUAAUGAUUUCUCAUCCUCUACUUUAUCCUAGGCUAUACACAAAACGGAAUUUGAUACUGAUGGUGGCAGUAAUAUGGAUAUUUUCAUUCGGUGCAUUAGUAGCAACGUGGUUUGAAGCUUGGGGCCGCUUCAGUUUGGAGCCAAGCAUCGGAUCGUGUACCAUAGUACCCGACCAGCAUGGCAGAUCCCCAAAGAAAAUUCUAUUCAUCGGCGCCUUUUUACUUCCCGGUUUGGCCAUUAUCAUAUGCUACGCUCGCAUAUUUUGGAUAGUCAAAAAGGUAGGCAAAAGAUCACGUCCAUCUUUGCGCUUACGCCCCAGACCCACGACGGAAAUUAUAUCAUCAGACUCAAAAUCAAGAGAUUCCGUAUUAGACAAUAGGCCUACAAGUAUAAACGCUUCACAGAGGAUAUAUUCUCAACGUAUGAACUGCCUGUGCUCUCCAACAUUGGAGAAUUCUUCGUGUUCUGGUGCAGAAAGUUGCACACAAGACGACGAUGAUAGAAAAAUGCCUGCAGGCCAACGAUCAGUAAGUAGUAAUGAAACAAUUAGAAAGAUUAAGUUUGCAUUUACAAACACGACACGAACAGAACCAAAGCCGCUUUUACCAACUAGAAAAGACAAAAAACUGCGUACAAUGAUAAUGGCUAUUAUGCUUGCGUUUUGUAUAUGCCAUUUACCAAUAUCUGUUACAAAGAUCUUCCUCGAGUUCACACCACAUCCAGUAUUAAAAAUUAUUAGUUAUAUUUUAUUGUAUCUAACGACGUGCAUCAAUCCUAUAAUUUACGUGGUAAUGUCUAAUGAAUAUAGGCAGGCAUAUAAAAAUUUAGUCACCUGUAGUCCACAGGUUAGAGAAAUGACAGAGGUUACAGGAAUGAGGAUAAAGAACAGUUUUAAUAAAUCAUUUAGGAGAUCUGAAAAAAAAGUGAAAUGGAAAAAUACUCAAGAAGAUGUAUGAAUACUCGAUAGUGUUUUGUUGUAUGUGAAAUGGAUUUUGUAGUAUUUGAAAUUAGAGAAAAAGAAAGUGAGAGCCGUCCGCUAUUUGUGCUAAAUUGGAAAAGAAAGAGUAAGAUAAAAUGUGGAACUAGACUUGUAGCAUAAUGACGAAGAAGUAUUAUCUUCAUAAGAUGUAUCUUCAAAUGUAUAUAGACUUGUAUAUAGACAUAGUAUUAUAAUAAUAAGGAAAAAGAUACUUUGUAGGCAUAUUAUUGGAAAGAUAUUAAAUUUCGCCAUUUAAUAAGAUACUCGUAUACAUUUAGAUAAUGUCUCAAUAGGAUUCGCACAUAAAGGGUAUUAAAACCGGGUAAAUGUGUUUUGUAAUAUAAGGAGGUUAUAAAGGAAAAAGUACUCAAAUAUUUAACUGUAUUAAAAUAAUAUAAUCAAAAUUAAUGAUAAAUAACAUUACGACAUUCGACCAAUGACAAGCAGCAAUCAACAAACAAAAACAAUGCAUUUGUCUUCCGGAGAAAUUAGUAAGUUAGUGCAAUUUCUAUUUAUUUUCGUGACUUUUGAUAUUGAUAGUUUCUUUAUUAUUUUUAGUAGUUAAUUUGUAUUUUUAAAAAUUUUUACUUACAA